AUGAAUUUAUCUGUUUCAAGAGACAUCUUUGAUCACAUCAAACAAAGAAUGGGUUAAUAAAUCGAAAUAAGAUUUAUUGCUGCUUGCAGAAUAUGGUUCUUUUCAAACAAUAGAUGGUCCUUUUCAAAUUUAUAAGGAGGUUUGGCUUUAGGGCUAGAUAAAUCAAUAUCAGAUGAAUUAAAAGAAGGAAGAGAUGUUUUUUAUAUGUUUGAUUUGAACACCUUUGAUGUCACAUUUCGUUUGUAUCUCUACAAAUUUUUCCAUGAGUUCUAUUUCAAACUAAAUGACUUUUUUUAUUACUUCCGCUUAAGCAAUACUCAAACAUUAAUAGGAUUCUCAUUCAGUAAUAAAUAGGAAGCUGAUUUACUCUAUCAAGAAAUUUAGUUUAUUACAGAUCAAGAAAAAGAGCUGAAAGAAAUAGAAGAAAUGAAUUAUCCUGAAUUAGCUCAGGAUUCUAAGUUGAGAGAAAACUUUGAAAAUGAUAAGCCACUUUAGGAUAUUAAUAUAGAAAAAGAAGAGACACGUUUGUUAAAUGGAAAGUUAAAGAAAGCAGAAAAAGAUAUAUUAAGGAAGGCAGGCGUCUCAAAGAAAGAUUAUGAAAAUAAUGUUGGAGGAAUAAAAAAUAAUGUUAUAAAUGAAUUUCUAAGCAAAUACAAAAGAAAAAAGGAAAUUCAUGAAAACAUGAUUCAACAAAAGUAAUAAUUUUAACCUAUAUCUAAUCCUGAAGCAAAUUUUGAAAUGCUAAGAAAAAAUUCUGUUAUAAAUACUUAAAAUGCAGCUUUGAUUCAUGUAAGCCAGACAAAUGCAAAUACAUUCUAGUCAACCUCAAGACUUCGUUAAUCAUCAACAACCAAAACUAGUAUGAUCAAAUAAAGAAAUUCAACUAUUUUGGGAGCUGCUCCUAUCAUCCCGUAAGCUCCUCCCCUUGUUAAAUUAUUAGAAAAUGAUUCUGGUAACUAGUAAACUCUAAAUGCUUAUUAAAGCUAAGGAAAUAGCAGUCUGAUAGCUGCAAAACCAAAAAUUAUUGCUUAAGAAGUAAAAUAGUCUCUAAUGGAAGAAAUAAAAGGGAUGAAGUAUAAACUAAAACCAGUAACCAAAGUCAAUCCGUUAGUUUUAACUAAAGAAGAGUCAAUAAGUUUAACCUAUAAAAUUAAUGCAUAAAUUAGAGAAAGAAGAAAAGAGUUAAAAAAGAAUUUCCUAGAUGAAGAUUAGGAAAAUAGUCCAUGGGAUUCUCUCGAUGAAGAAAAUGAUUGA